GCCGGGCUCAGAGGAGCCGGCGGCGGCGGCGGGGCGGGAGGCGGGCGAGCGAGAGCGGGCGCCGGGGAUGAGCUGAGCGGCCGGCGGCAUGGAGGAGGUGACGGACGCCUACGCCUACGGCGACAACCAGAGCGAGUGCGAGUACGCCGAGUGGGGCCCCUCGCCGGCGCUGCUGCCCGCCAUCUACGUGCUGGUCUUCCUGCUGGGCACGGCGGGCAACGGCCUGGUCCUCUGGACCGUCUUCAAGGGGGGCCGCGAGCGGCGCCGCUCGGCCGACACCUUCAUCGCCAACCUGGCCGCCGCCGACCUGGCCUUCGUGGCCACGCUGCCGCUGUGGGCCGCCUACGCCUGCCUGGGCUACCACUGGCCCUUCGGCACGGCCGCCUGCAAGGUCAGCAGCUACCUGGUCUUCGUCAACAUGUACGCCAGCGUCUUCUGCCUCACGGGGCUCAGCUUCGACCGCUACCUGGCCAUCGUGCGGCCCCUGGCCACGGCCAAGCUGCGCUCGCGGGUGAGCGGGCUGGUGGCCACGGCGGCCCUGUGGGCGCUGGCCGCCCUGCUGGCCCUGCCGGCCAUGGUGCUGCGGCGGGCGGCCGCGCUGGCCGGCGACGGCAAGGUCACCUGCUACAUGGACUACGCCGGGGUGGCGGCGCCGGGCGCCGAGGCCGCCUGGGAGGUGGGGCUGGGGCUGUCGUCCACGGCGCUGGGCUUCGCGGCGCCCUUCGCCGUCAUGCUCACCUGCUACUUCUUCAUCGCCCGCACCGUGGCCAGCCACUUCGGGCCCGAGCGGGGCGAGGGGGGGCCGCGCGAGCGCCGCCGCCUCCUCACCAUCAUCGUGGUGCUGGUGGCCACCUUCGGCGCCUGCUGGCUGCCCUUCCACCUGGUCAAGACGGUCUACGGCCUCAUGGACCUGGAGGUGCUGCCCUGGGCGUGCGGCCUGCACGCCUUCCUGCACAACCUGCACCCCUACUGCACCUGCGUGGCCUACGCCAACAGCUGCCUCAACCCCUUCCUCUACGCCUUCCUGGACCCCCGCUUCCGCCGGGCCUGCGGCGCCCUGCUCUGCUGCCGCCGGCCCGGCCCCGCCGCCGACCGCUCCGCCAGCGGCUCCUCGGGCGGCAAGGCGCCGGCGGAGGCCAAGCCCGAGCCCGCCACGCAGGAGACGCUCUUCCGCGGCUGAGCGGCCCCCGCGGCCAGCCCCCCUCCCCGCCGCGCCGGGGGGGGUUCGGGGUUCGGGGGUGGCGCGGCUUUGCUGGCAAAUAAACGGAGGUUUUGGUUACGGAAA